UUUUGGUUCGUAUAUGCCGGGUACGAAUAGACACCGGAAAUUCUGUUUGCACGUGUACUCACUGAUUAUCAACAAUGGUGGUAAAAGAAAAGCAGGUAGAAACGGCAGUUAAUGCACUGCUUACAUUGCUGAAGAAAGAUGAUUCUGCUGUAAACAUUGUUGAUCAGCCUGAUAAAAUAGAUCUUCAAAUUACCCUUAAAAAGAUCCCAGAUGUGAAACACAAACGUAUAUCACUGUCCUUACCCCACUCAAUCCACCAUGACAGUCGGGAAGUGUGCCUCUUUGUUAAAGAUCUCGACCAAAAGAAUCGUGAAUAUGAAAAAACAGUUCAGCAUUUUGAGGAUGUCUUCAGAGAAAAAGAUAUUCAUUGCAUUUCAAAGAUCAUCCCACUGAAGGCUCUACGCACGGACUACAGCAUGUACGCGGCAAAGAGGAGCCUUGCCAAGGCCUAUGAUCUCUACCUGGCUGACGACAAAGUCUUCGGAAUGCUACCAGGAUUACUGGGGAAGAUAUUCUUUGCAAAGAAAAAGUUGCAGCCGAUCCCAGUGAACCUUUCAGCUCAAAAUCUGAAGUCUAAGUUAGAAGAUGUUGUCAACAACACCAGGCUGGUUCUUGAAGGCACUGGCUCCAGCAGCUGUGUGACUGUAGCUCACAAUCACCUUUCCAAGAGUCAGAUUGUAGACAACAUGGUUGCAGCAUGUAGUCAGGUAGCAGAAAAACUUCCCGGCGGUCAAGACAACAUAAAGAACAUCUACAUAAAAGGGGCAGACACUAAAGCUCUGCCUGUAUACUUUGAUUUUGGGGGCCUAGAUGAUGUGGAUUUGCCUGACAAAGUAGAGAGGAAGCUGGAGGAGGCAGAGGAUGAGAUCACCACAGUGGAGGGAGCACGAGUGAAGAUUAGAGCCGACGGGCAGAUACAGGUCAUCACUGUGGGAGCAGUUAAGGGUGAAGUAAAGGUUGGGGAAGGAAAAGAGGGUGUGAAAAGAGGUACAGGCAGUGUCAGCAGUGAUGGAGAUGAAGAUAUUGACAGUGAAAAUGAAGAUGAUGACAGUGAUAUGGAAAAUGACAUUGAUAAAGCAGUGAAGGUUGCAAGAGAACAGAUAGCAAAAGUUCAGCCCCCAAGGUCCAUAACGCAAACUGGUGAGAAUAAAAGGCAAACUAAAAAAAAUGUUAAAGUGGACAGUAAGUCGCAGUCAGCAAAGAAAAUGACAACUGUCAUUUCAGGAGAUGCUACAAGGAAGAACACAUCGCCUUCUGGAAAACGAAAUGUGAAGGAUGAGGCUGCGGAGGAGAUGGUGACAAAGAAGAGAGCAAGGAAAACCCCAGUGAAAUCUGUUGAAGAAAAGGUUAAAGAGAGCAUCACAAAGAAAGGGCGGAAAGCAAGAAAAGUUUAACUAACGUACUGUUCAGCGACUUUCUAGAUCAAGAUAAGUUUUACCUGUUAAGUGAAAUGCUAUUAGAUAACAGGAACUCUCAUUUAAAAAAUUAAAAAAUUGAUAACUGCUUUUAUUGAGAAAAAAACAUAGUAUACUGUAGAUUGUUUAAAAAAAAUAAAAGCAUAAACAUACUUUAAAUCUGUUAUAAUCUGUUUUUGAGAGCUGAUCUGUAUUGUACAUGUUUAUUUGUGUGUGAAAGGAUACAUCGUUAUCAUUGUGUCAAUUGUGUUAAGUAUUGUGGUUGACUGUUAUUGUUAUGGUGUUUGCUGUAUAAGAAAUUUACAAAAUUAAUCGAUUGUAUGAGUAAAACAAACUUACACCAUUGUUCACUAUGUAAAAACAAAACAUAUAUGCAAUAAAUUGGUGUGGUAACAGCAAUAAAAACGUUUUCCAAUUUCUGUGUUGAAAAUUUGUUCAAGCUAUAAUUAUAAUAACAUCGAAAAAAGUGACUGCCCGAAAAUCUAAACUGGGACAUUUAGAAGUUAAAGUCGAGCUGCAACCACUUGGGCAAAUCCUGACCUGGCUUUUGAAUGUGUAACGUAGCUAAAACACGUUUUUGAAAGUAGCGAUGAAAAGUGUUACAAAAGGAUAAUUUUUACGACUUCAAUGGAUGAUUAUGAAUUAACCAACAUUAAUUUAAAAUAGUCAGUGGUUAUAUCAGCACCAUUGUGUGUCUGACAACAUAAGUUACCUUAACUUGUAUAACAAUACAAAGUAUGAUUAUUCUUUUACUAUAUUUUAUCGCCUGUUUUUGAACAUGUGUAGAAAGUUACUGGGUUGCUCUGCAAACGAAGUCUUACAUGGUUUGCAUUUAUACUUAGAAGACAACUACGGUAAUGGUUUUGUAACAUUGUAAUGUAGUUUUUUUUUAUAAACUAGAGGAAAGAUGUAUUCUUCAUACUACUUGUUAAUAAUAAAGAUAUAAAAUACUGGAUAUCGGGUGUAUUUUACAUCAAGUACUGCGGAAGGAAAACCCAUUAUUUUAUAAAUGCAUUGGUAUAUUGAUAUGAUUUAGAAGGUCGGUAAAAACCUUUUGCACUCUGUGCUGUUGUUUGAAAUAUAAUACAAAUUCUUGUUGAGCCUUUUCACAUGGUAUCACUAACCAAAUACAAUAAAUAUUUUGUUAAUAAAUAAACCUCAUAACGAACAGAACAAGUUUUAUUUAUUAUGUAAUUGUUAAAAAACAAGGUCAUGAACGGGGAGUUCAGAAAAAGAUACACCAAACGUUUUACAACAUUGAGUCAAUACAAGUAAUUAUUUUGAGGAUUUAUGUAAUUCUAUAUUAGAUUUAAAGAAAUGUCCAGUAAGGGAGACUAUUUAGUUGAUAAUGGCUGUCUAUUUCUUCAUUGUAAUCUCUCCCUUUGUUGAUUUCUGCUAGCACUAAUUAUAGACCCAAAUGUAGUGACCACUUUAAUAGGUAUCCUGCUAUGAUUUUAACAUCUUUACGUGAUAAGAUGUUCUUUGGGAUGAACAAAAAUUCCAAAUGUGUUAUCUUGUUUAUAAGAUGUUUUGAUUCUGCUCUACCGUUCUAGGCGUCAACUCAAUUCUCUUUUGGCACGUGCGACUCGAGCCACGUGACCACCCUCUGCUUGUUUGUCGCCAUCCACCGGAUGUUCCUUUGAAUACUCUCGAGCACCUGCUUUCGACCACUCGCACCUGCACCAGCAUCCGGGUA